CUUGUUAUCAAACGCGACCAUUCAUCAUCUCCCUUGACGAGGACAUCCAUCGAGUAUUGAACCACAAUAACGCCGACCUGCCGAGACAACAACGCGCAUGGCUGAGAGAAAGCCAUCAAACGGAGCUGUAGCUGGUACUGGACAAGUGACGAUGUCCGAGUACAAGAAGGCGCAAGCCCGGGUUCGGGAUCUGGUCGAGAAGCGCAGAAUGCUAGAGAAACGCUUGGCACAAGUUGAAGACAGCAUCUCCCAGAAGGAGACUGCAUACCUCGACAGCACACCAAGCGGCAACAUCAUCACCGGUUUCGACAACUACAUGAAGGGCAUGAGUGGUGCGGCAGCACAGCGACGAAAGGCUGGUCCGAUGGAACAGAACAGAGUCUUCUCACGAUCGUCGAUUUCCUACCGACCUAACAAUCUGGAGGGUAUCACACCCGGAUCAGGAGGCUCGACGCCAGCUGGGGCGACACCAUUAUCCGCCGCAUUUAGAGACGGACCCUCGAAUCACCCGACACCGACAUCUUCGACUGCGGCUAAGAACGCAAGCAAGUCGAAGAAGAAAACGGUCGAGCACGAGGACAGCGAAAACGAUACUUCGACGAGCAAGAAGCGAACGAAUUUUGGAGCGCAGCGCAAGUAGCGUAUGUACAAAGAUGUACUCAUGAGAUUGGGCGUUUAACAGGGAAUGGAUUCAACGGUAGGGUCAGGAUGGCGUUAGGAUUCAUAUUAUAGAUCGCCCUCGAAACAGAAGGCGGCUUGGAAUUGAGGCUAUGGUAGGUUCAGGCUAGAAGUAGCACGAAAAUAUGCCAUUUUUAAUGGAGGUUAUUAAGCAUUUUGGAACCGUCGAGGUACCAGAAUACUCAAAGAGUUUGCGUCAAAGAGCAUA